AUGAGACGAUGCCAUCUGUACGUCCAUUAUCGCGAUGUCCAUCAUAUGAAGAAAGAAGAAAUUGAGGCCAUAAAGAAGGAGAUUGGGAGGGCUUCCAAGGAAAAUCGAAACCCAAUUGCAUGCAAUAUUUGUGGAGGACAGUUUUUUUCGCACAGCGGCCUUUGGGUGCACAAAAAGAAAGUGCAUCAGCUUGUUCCUAAAGAAGGAACUAUCACAUGUCCUGCUUGUUCGAAAAAACUGCAGACCGUGGAAGAGUUGGCAACGCAUUGCAAUUCCCAGCAUGACCGCGGAAACAGCACGCAUGGCACUUUUGCUGUGAAAAGUGGAACCUUUGCGAGCCGCACUGAAUUUGAGGCGUGGUUGAACGAUGUUGAGAAUAUCACAUGUAGUAAUUUUGUUACUCGAACAUCACGGUGCACCUCGCGUGGGAAGAUAGUGUACCUGCGCUGCAGAUUUUCGGGAGGGACUGGAGCCAUCGUUGAUCCUAAAAUUCUCAAACGGGCGUACAGAACAAGUGUAAAAGUUCAUCGAGACUGCCCCGCUUUUCUUAAGGUUGUCGAAGACACCAAUGGCUUUGUCCAUUAUAAAUAUUGCGCAGGCCAUUUAGGCCACAAAUUAACGACAGAAGCUCUUCGAUCCGCGCCUGCCAGCGAUGUGCAGCACAGAAGGCUGUCAGAUCUUGCUCCUACAGAACCCAUCCGACAUCUACAGAUCGUGAGUGAUGACGUUCCUGAGGAAUGCGAAACAGUGUCUCUGGAUUCACCACCUGCAUUUGAAAGUUGCUCUUCGGUCGAUACGCUUAGUAGGGCGGAGGAUGAGUUCAAUCAACUUGACGUUGUAUGCAUACCGUCUAUUGCGUCCAAUAUCUGCUUCUAUUGCCUACUGCAGGUGGUCGCCCAAAUGUUUGAAGAAAUGAAAAAGUCUCUGAAGAACAACGAUCCAGAACGCAUACAACUAAUGAGGCAAGCGAUUGAGGAGAAAAUGGAAGAGAUUUCUCGGGGAAGUACCAAAGCUUCCCUGACAGAAGAACUUGCAAAAAAGUAG